AUGGCUAUCUGGAACCGCAAGUCGAGUUCCUCAGACGGCGCGAGCCCUCACGCUUCCUCCGACCCUGAGUAUGGUGUCAAGUCCGAGUACCAGCAUGCAACCGGAGAGGUUCCCACCGUCGACGCUAACGGCGUUGUCGUCCACGCCGACCAUACGCAUUUGCAUCGUGGUCUGAAGUCGCGUCAUAUUACUAUGAUUGCCAUCGGAGGAGCCAUUGGUACUGGUCUUAUCAUCGGUACUGGCAAGGCUUUGGCACAAUCUGGUCCUGGUUCAAUUCUCAUCGCUUACACUUCGGUCGGUCUUAUCGUCUACGUCGUCAUGACUGCUCUGGGCGAAAUGGCUGCCUGGAUUCCUCACGCUUCUGGUUUCGCUGGCUAUGCUACCCGUUUCUGCGACCCUGCUCUUGGUUUUGCUCUUGGUUGGACUUAUUGGUGCAAGUACAUCAUUACAACACCGAAUCAGCUUACUGCUACCGCUCUGAUUCUCCAGGAAUGGAAGUCGAGAGAUGAAGUUAAUCCGGGUGUCUGGAUCGCAAUCUUCUUAGCCGCCAUCAUCGCCAUCAAUUACUUCGGUAUCAAGUUCUUUGGUGAACUCGAAUUCUGGCUUAGUUCGAUCAAGGUCGUUACGAUUGUCGGUGUUAUCAUCCUCUCGUUCCUCCUCGCGGUUGGUGUUGGGCCUGGCGGUGCAACUGGCUUCAAGUACUACGAUGAUCCCGGUGCUUUCAAGCCGUAUAUCACCACCGGCUCUGCUGGUAAAUUUUACGGUUUCUGGAGCUCCUUGGUCAAUGCCGUCUUUGCCUACCUUGGUACCGAACUUAUCGGUGUUACCGUUGGUGAAGCCCAGAACCCACGCAAGACCAUCCCUCGCGCCAUCAAGCUUACCUUUUACCGAAUCUUGUUCUUCUACUGCUUGUCUGUAUUCUUCCUCGGAAUGAUCGUUCCUUACGACUCUUCGGAGCUAGCAUUCGCAAACAAGGCCACCACUGGUGCCUCUGCUUCGCCCUUUGUGGUCGCCAUCAAGAUCGCAAAGAUCCCGGCUCUUCCCACCAUCGUCAAUGCUUGCAUUCUACUCUUUACCUUCAGCGCCUCGAACUCGGAUCUAUACAUCGCCUCCCGUACAAUCUACGGUCUUGCCGUCGAAGGCCAUGCUCCCAAGAUCUUCCUCUGGACCGACAAGCGCGGUGUGCCGGUACCUGCUUUGCUCGUCUCUGCACUAUUCUGUUGCACUGCCUUCAUGAAUGCAGCAGAUGAUGCCAAGGUCGUCUUCGGCUACUUCGUCAACCUCACGACCAUUUUUGGGCUUCUAUCCUGGAUUUCGCUUCUGGUGUCGCACAUCUGGUUCGUUCGUGCGCGCCGCGCUCAAGGCAUCACCAAUGACCAGAUGGCCUACCAUGCUCCAUUCGGUUUGACCGGCUCCUAUAUUGCGCUGUUCUUCUGCAUUCUCAUCGCUCUAACGAAGAAUUUCAACGUCUUCACCAAGAGCCCCAAGACCUACGGCGAUUUCGAUUACAAGAACUUCGUCACUGGAUACCUUGGCAUUCCGAUUUACUUGAUUUGCAUCUUUGGUUACAAGUACACCAUGAAGUCCAAGAUGGUCAAGCCUCACGAAGCCGACUUCUACACUGGUAAAGGCGAGAUUGACCGCGAGGAGGAGGCUUUCCUCGCUCAUGCUGCAGAGAAGCGGGCUACCGAGGGUAAGGGUGGCAGUUGGUUCUACCGAACCUUCAUCGCAUGGUUGAUUUAG